GCCAGUCUGCUGUUCGACUCCAUCCGAGGAAGAGAACGGGCGGCUUUGGCAGAACGGUUGGAAGGUCCGUGUGGACUUCUCGGAUCGGCGCUGGGCAGCCCCCCUUGGGCGCACGGAGCGCGCGAGGGUUGGCGCCGCAGGCACCGCCAGGGGGUCCCAGCGCCAAUCCAGGAAAAUCUGCGCGGAGCUCUGAGUUCAUGCGUCUGCCGUUCUUUGCUCCUCUGUCCAUGCCCCAGAAGGCACCCUCCGCCUAUAACUCGCUCGUCUGCCUGCUGGUGCGCCUGGGCCGCACCCAGGAGGCCGAGCAGCGGCUGCAGGAGAUGCGCGAGGCGGGGGUGGCCGCGGACGAGACCACCUUCCUGGGCAUCAUCGGGUCGCACGCAUACAGGGGAGAGAUGGCCCAGGCCCUGGAGGUGUUUCAGAAGAUGCGGGCGGCUGGGAUCCCGGCGACGGCGAUCGCCUACAGGGGUGCGAUACACGCCUGCGCCCGUGCCGGCGACGUGCGGAAGGCGAAGGAGCUGCUGGCGCAGAUGGAGUCCGAGAGCGUGGCUCCGCAGGCCUCCCACCUGAAGUGCGUCAUGUCGGCGUGCCAGCCGUCGAGGGACGAGGCAGCGGCCACAGAGGCCUUUGCGGACCUCAGGCGGCGCGGCUUCGAGCCCGACGUCAUCGCGUACACCAUCCUGGUCUCCUGCCACGAGGGGCCCGGAGCGACGGAGCGGGCCGGGCAGGUGUUCUCCGAGAUGAAGGAGAAGGCCGUGGAGCCCAACGUCUUCGCGUACAACGCGCUGCUGUCGGUCGCCGUCAGGAACGGGGAGGCGGCGGAGUGCAGGCGCGUCCUGGCGGAGAUGGAGGCGGCUGGCGUCGGCGCGAACCACGAGACGAGCCUGCUGGUUCGCAGGCUCGAGGAGAGUGAGCGCUGCCCGACCGCCCCAGUGGCGGAGGCAGCGGCCGCCGCCGACCCACUGCCGGCGGGCUGGGGGCAGGCCACCGACCCCAGCAGCGGCAGCGUGUACUACUGGCUGGAGUCAGACCCAGCUGGCACGGUGACAUGGCAGCGGCCGCCGCGCGCCCGCUGA